CAAUAUCGUCAUUAGAGUCGCCCGGCAGCAGCACAGCAGAUAGGGUUUCUAAUCGUAUAAAAGCUUCGCGUAAACUGCCUUCUUCCUCAAGUGGAGGAGAAACCCUAGACAGAGAGAUGGCCAAGUCGAAGAACCACACUGCCCACAACCAGUCGUACAAGGCCCACAAGAACGGCAUCAAGAAGCCCCGGAGGCACCGUCACACCUCCACCAAGGGUAUGGAUCCGAAGUUCUUGAGGAACCAGAGGUACGCCAGGAAGCACAACAACCAGAAGAACGAGGGCGGAUCCGAGCAGGAGUAGGCUGCUUGCAUUAGCUUGAAAUGGAGCUGAGAGUAAUUUUCCUUAUCUAGGGUUUUUGUUUUUGUUUAGAUUAAUGGGGUUCUCUGUUGUUUACAUUACAAUGACAGUGUGGUAGCAAAGCCUAUUUCCCUAUUAUGAUACAUUUUGGAUACAAUCGAAGGCAAAACUAUUUGGCCAUUUAGUUGCUCUCUCGAGUGUCUGCUUGGUUGGAUUUAUUUCGACAAUUAGUUUGCUG